AUGAUUGUUCCUGGAGUUACUAACUAUGUUAAGGAAAAGCUUGGUCGUAAAUUUGUUGAACCUCCUCCUUUCGAUCUUGCUCGAUCUUACCAGGAUUCCAGUUCCUCGGCACCGCUGAUAUUUAUUUUGUCACCUGGAGCAGAUCCAACCAUGGCAUUGCUAAAGUUUGCUACAGACAAAGGUUUUGGAGGUUCUCGCUUUCAUUCUAUUAGCUUGGGUCAAGGGCAAGGACCAGUCGCAGCCAAAAUGAUAGCUCAAGCUAAGCAGGAAGGCAGUUGGGUUCUUCUUCAAAAUUGUCAUCUUGCUGUUAGUUGGAUGAUUCAGCUGGAAAAGAUUUGUGAGAACUUGACGAAUGAAAAUACAAAUGCAAUGUUUCGUUUAUGGUUAACCAGCUAUCCUUCGCCUAAGUUAUAG